UAUCAUGUCUGUUGCCCACUCCUUGCUUUAGCGCAACACAACACAACACUGUACUCCUGCCUGCACCUUUAGUACGAAACAGACCUAACCUUUGGAUACUCUACCAUCCUGCGCUAACAAUAUAAGGCUUCACAUCUGGAGACUUGAACGCAGCUCCUCCACCUACCAAUAAUUUUGAUCAGACGUUGAACCGAGAGAGCAAUUAUUCUGACGGUGUCGACCAAUAAGUGAGACACCAUUGAUCGAUGGCUGCGGUGAGUGUUGAGUAUGGCAGCGUGUGAGAUGGUCACAACCUCCUCCUCCUCAUCGUACGGUCUCCACCAAGCCUCUCUCAUCCACAUCCCCCCAUCAUCGGCCGACCAAUCACCUACCACCUACCUCAGCUGCAAUGGCACCAUGGGCAGCACCAGCAGUCUUCUGGCAGACAGCGGUUACCGUGGCUACAGCGACACCACCACCAACAGCAACAGUUCCGUCUUCGAGGAGCCCUCUGCCCCCAACGACGACACCGAGUCGAUAGGUCCCCCCAAGCUCACCCCGAUUAGUGGAAAGCUGGAAAAGACAAAAGAAAAGAAGCUGAUCAGACCCAUUGCUGUCAGGUUUGCAUCUCCAAACACGUCUCCCACGGAGACAUACAAGCAGAGCUCCUCCCAGUCUCCUUCUCUAUCGGACACCAUGGCAACAUACUCCCAUCCCCCUGAUAUCCUGAUGACCAACAACAAUCAUGGAUUCUCGGCCGGGAAACACUUCGGGAAACCGCCCACCAAGACCAUGUCUCUUCAGGACAUCACGCCGAUGCAGCAGCCGUACCGCAUGAAUGUGCACCACAACAACCAUGGUACCACCAACGGCCACCACCACCACCAGUCGACGCUCCCACACAAGGGGGACGCCGCCCAGCGCUCCGCCCUGCACCAGAAACUCCAGCAGGCACAAUCUCUGAACUUUCUCAACCGCGGUGGCUGGGCGAACAUCCACCACGGCGGGACGGUCGUCCCCGGGAAGAUCGGCAACGCAGGACGCCACCGCAGUCAUAGUCAUUCCAUGUACCCGGGUGAUGGACAGCGCCCUCUACAGGCCACGCAUGGGCAGGAUACCAAGCAGCACAGCCCCCAUCCUCACCUGGCAUCUCCGAGAACCAACGGGGAGGAACAUGUCUACGCUCCAGUCUCGGUUUCGUCUGUACCUGAGGAAUCUGAUCUAGCAGAAGAGAACAGGAUCCUGAGAAAUAAAGUGCAGAGCAAGCAUGAUCAGGACAUGAAGCACCAGCUGGUGACGAUGAGGGACACGAUGGAGGUCAACGAGCAGACCAUCUUUCAGGUCCAGGAUGAGAAACGGAGGGACUACGAGGGCCGCAUCAAUCGGCUCCAGACCCAGCUUCAGCAGGACAAGGAGUCUUCGCUCUCCCAGCAGAGGUCUCAACAACAAGAGAUUUACCGGCUAGAGCAGGACAGGAAACAGGUGAAGCAGCGACUUGAAGGCCUGCAGAAGGAGCUAUCAAGACUCAAAGACAAUGGCAAGAAGGUGGACGAACAACAGUCAGUAUUAGCUGAAAGCCAGCAAGAAAUCACCAACAAACGAUACGAGAUCAAGCGUCUCGAGGAAGGUGUGAAGCGCUCCAAAGAAGAACUCCAAUACGAGAAGGAGAACGUGAAGAGAUUGCAAAUCGAGUUGGAUAAGACAAGGUUGCAAGUGACAAAGAGGACCAAUGGUAGCCAGCAGCAGUUGUUGAGUAAGAAGGAAGCAGAGUUGUCACAGGUGAAGGCUGAUGUCAAGAAAACAAUGGACCAAAGAGACAGCUUGAUGCUGAGGGUGAAGAAUCAGGGAGAUGAGAUUGAUAGGUUGGGGGCGCUUGUCAAAACUAGAGAGCAGGAACUUGCCCAGGAGAGAUGCGAGGUGGCGUAUUUGAAAGAGGUCAAUGAGAGGUUGACCUCUGCGCUCAAAGAGAAGGAAGAGAAAGUUGAAAAAACAAAAGUAAGCAAGGAGGGGAGUGCUCCCAAUUCUAAAAAAGUGGAUGUGAUUCAGCUAGAGCUUGGUAGGACAGUGGAAAAAUUGCAGCAGCUGCAGACCGAGAAAGACAUGGAGUCUACUCGGCUGCAGAAGAGAAUCUCAGAGAAAGAUGCAGACAUAAAGAGACUUCAGGGGAGGUUACGAGAGCGCGGGAAGGGGAGUGAGCGUAACGGUGUUGAUCAAAAGACUAACCCUGCCCAGAGACGCCUCGAGCAGGAUAGAUUAGAAUUGCAGGCAAAGUUAGCGAAGCGAGAGCAGGAGCUCAAACAAGCGAGGCAACAAGUAUUGAUGCUGCAGACACAGGAGCGUAACACCGGUCCGGCACUCUCGAACUCUAUCCUUCAAAAGAAGGAAGCGGAGCUGAAAGCCUGCCAGGAGAAACUCCACCAACGACAUGCAGAGAUCACCUACAUCAGGGAAAAACUUGGUGAGCGUGAUGCAGAAACGACCGCCUUGAAAGUGAAACUCGACAGGGUGCAUAGACAAAUCCCUGAGAAUGGACGAAGGUCAGGCUCCUUGGACCGGGAACUGUCUGGGACACGAGCAGCCAAACAGCAGCUUGAAUCGCACGUCAAGUCCCUGAAGGAAGAGAACGCCCGUCUCAAGGACAAACUAAGUCGGGUGGCUGUUGGGGUGAGGACACUCUCCGAGAGCCAUCUGAACCUUGCAAAGCUAUCCAUGGUGCCCUCGGUGCCGGACAAACCAAAGUUUGAGCGUACCGACCCCAAGGUCAUAGGUCAACUCCAGAAAGAGGUCACUAACCUCAAGCAGGAGAUAUCGUGUUUGAAUGAAGACAAGGAGAAGCAAACUGCAGAGUUUCGCCAGGAGCAUGGCAUCUGGCAGGAGGAGAAGCACCGGGUCAUCGCCUACCAGAAGCAGCUCCAGCUCAACUAUGUGCAGAUGUGUCAGAAGAAUAAGAAGCUGGAACAAGAGGUCCAGCAACUGACCAAAGAAUUAGACAAUGAAGAAGUCAUACAGUGUUGAUGAUAAACUCUUUCAGUCUUGGCAGGGGUCACUAUGUAGACUGUCAUUGACCUAUACCCAGUACAUGCCUCCAACUAGAUGAUUUGUUGACUGUUCAAAGGUCACAUGUUUAUGAACUUAAUUUUCUCUACAGGGAUCAUUUCAUAGAGAGUCGUCAUUCAAUGAGGUUACCAAGACAUGCCUGUAGAAAAAUAUUGAUGCUUGUUGAAAUGUCUAAUGUAUGAUAUCAGAAAAAUAAGAUAAAACAGAAUUGCGAAAGUUUGAAAUAAGAAGGUUAUGAAUGUUUGAAAUAUAGAAAUACUAAGUCUAUGCGAAUCUCAAAUUGGCAGUUCAAUCUGUGGAUUGUGGCAUAGGAUGUGGAUAACUUGUCCCUUCGCUGCAUACAAAAUUACCAUUUAAUCUUCUUGUAGGUGCCCUCUCCCUUGAGGCACUACUCAAAAUAUACUUUGGAUAGCAUAAAGUAUAGUCCUCUAAAGAGAAUUAUAGACCCUCCUGAGCCGUACACUUUUAGAACAAUUGAAAUUCUAGUAUUUUUUGUGUUUGAGCAAAUGGAAAGUGGUGUAGCACUUCGUCACGAUGACUUUUUGGAUACAGCCAAUUUGAAGAGCCCAUAUGUAUAGAGAUUACAACUUUUAAAAUUCAUAACUUUCUUAUCUCACGUCACAUUUAAUUCAAAAUUUUAUCAGUCUGCUUUCUUUUAGAGGUAGUUGUCUACUAACGUUGGAUUUCCCUUUAAAAGCAGGUUCCUUUAGUGGGCCAAAGUAGUGGGGGAAAAGGUGAUGUUUGGAGGCAGGUAGUUGCUGGAGCGGUUUGACUGUGGAUCUACCCAUGGCAAGUCGACUGACCUGCUUCGAUAGCACAGGUUUACUGGUUUGGAUAUUUUCUUCUAAAAAAUAAAAUUGUGGAUUUUUUUUGUACACUGCCAAGAAUGAGGUCAUGAUUUUGGGACCACAUUACGGUUGAUUUAGCCUUCAAGAAAGUCACUGCCACAUACAUGUAUAAUGUACAGCCUCAUUUAAGAUGCAUAUUUUGAGAUAUUUGUUUUAUGCUCAAGCUGUGCAUAAUGACAUGACAGCUACUGAAAUUAAGUAUGUUAAAAAUACAGUUAAAUACAAUACCUAGUGAUGCAGGCAUAACUAUUAUUGGGAAAAAAAUUCUCACAUAUGUGUACUCAUUAUUACUAGCGAUAUCUGAAAUGUUGGAAUCUCAGUUUCAAAAUUUCAAAAUGAAAUAGAUUUAUGCAAGUUUCGGGUAACAAGUCUUCAUGAAGUUCAUAGUAAAGAUUUACAAAUGCAACUCAUUUAACUAAACAAACAACUGCAAGAACUUUAUGUAUAAAGUAUCAUAUGUAUGCAAACUCUAGUUCAGUAUAACUCAAAAUAUUUUCAAAACACAGAUUUUUAUAAAGUUAGAGUUUAUAUUGCACUGACAUAUUUUUCCAUAGUAGUUUAUUGGUGAUGCAAAUCAUAUGGGUAUCUAAUAUUAGUCUUCCACGACAACUCAAUUUUUUUUGGGGUAGGCUGAUAACAAUUGUGAAAUUAUACUAUGUGCACUCUAUAAUGUGCACUCUGAAAUCAUAAUGCCAUACAUUUAUAAUGACGCUAGUCUCAAUAGUAACGGAAGAGAAUUGAUGAUUACUGCUUAAUGGCGUUAACAUGAUGUUUUGUGAGCUUCAUCUUGAAAUCAAGAUUGUAAAAUUUGAUGGACAAUUCUAAACAGGCAGGGUAUUCUACUGACAUCACUUCAGAUUUAUGUCCAAAUUUGUAUACAGCCAUGCAUCAACAACUGCCUGACGUGCCAUGAUAAUGCUUGGGUACAGGAACCGGAAAUCACUCUAUGUAUGCCUUUACCGAAAGAUGGCGCUAUUGAAAACUAAUUACAACAAUGGAAGCAAUGUCUGUAAAAUACCCUACCUGUAAUAUUAAAGAACCAUUUGAAAAUGAUAUAAUUUUAACAAUGAUCUUCUGUACCUAUGAUAUGAUAAGUUUUUAUUUUUUAUCAAUAAGUAGUUAAAUGUAUCAUUGUUUCAUACCUCAUCAUCACAGUUUAGAUGGUCAAGUAUUUGGUAGCAUGUGGCAUUCAGAAAUGGAACUCAGUAAAUAGUAUCUACCGGUAUAUAUGUUUUGCAUUUUUAGCCAUGUUACUUCAAAUAUGUGGACUGGUUAAAAAGACCAUAAUUUGCUGAGACUCAGAAAGGGCUAUGUAAAUUACUAUAUAUGUAGUGUCAAUUUAUUUUGUUGAUGAGCGUGAUAAGAUGGUUUGAUGGAUAUAGAAAAAGGGUAUUAUUUUUUUUAAAGAUAUAUAAUAAUGGUGCUCAUGUAGGUGAACAAGAUGUUCUUUUUUUAUAUUUUCAUCAGCAAUGAAAUGGCCAAUUUGCUGUUGAAUGAUGGAAAUGAUGGGAUAUUGUGAUUGGUAUAUUUUGAAAAUGAACACACUUGGCGAUACUAAGAUGUGCUGGAAUGCAGGAUAAAGUGUACAGCUUCCUUUUAGUUGCUAUUCAUAUUGAUACUGUUUUUAUCUUUUCUUACCAUUUAAAAGAAAAAGAUUUAAUUUCUGUCCUUUAUUCUCUUUUCCUUAUUCAGUGUAAAGACAUUUAUGUUAUAUUUCCUUGUUCCUCUUUCUCCUUCUCCUUGUACACAUAUGCCAUACUUUAUUUAUGUUUCUUUCUUUGCACCUCUCUUCCUCUCGCUUCUUAUCCUCUCUCUCCUCUUUUCUUCCUCCCCUCUCUUUCACGCUCGUCCUCUGUUUCUUUCUCUCAUUAACUCCCCCCCCCCCUCUUGCUUCUAACUCCCUUGCUUUUUCCUUUAUGGGUAUUUUAUAUACAUGUAUUUCAUAAAUAUUUACAAGACAUGUACAUAUAUCCUCUUAUGUUAUAUAUUCUUGUAUAUAUGUAUUCAAAGUUUAUUUCAUGUGCAAGGCACAUGGGCACGUAUUCUUCUCUUUCUGUUGCACCUGGUUUUACGACUUAAGAUACGGUGAACAAAUAUAUAACAAAGAUCUCAGUCUAACUUCCUUAAAAAAACACUUUCAGAACAAGAUUUACAUAUAGGGCCAAAUUGAUCGCAUAUUGUUCUUCAAAUUGGCAACAGUGGUACUUUUUUUUUAUUGCUACAUUGUUCAAAUGACAUGUGAUAUCUCUGACAACAAUACACACGUGGGAAAACGUAGAAAAGUUGAAAAACCUGCAAAUUUUGAUAGAAAAACAAUGAUUUUGAAUCUUUCAACAUGUUCCCCAUUUAAGGAUUUUAAAGCAAAGCUGAUUUUACUUUUUGAAAUUUUUUGUGCAGAAAUCUUUGCCAUUUCUACUCAAGGCAUAAUUGUUUAGGCUCUGAAUCAAAAGUUAUUGAUCCAAACUACAAAAUGAAUGAUCGUCGCAAAAGGGUUGUUUAACUCACUUUUAGACCAAGCUUGAACCCCCUCAUUGGGGUUAUAGAUAGAGUACAAAUCCUUCUAUGUUCUUCCAUUUUCUCCCGUUUCCCUCAAACACCCUAUGAGUAUUCAGUCUUGUUUCACCAGAGAAUUGUUUGCUUUAUUUCAGAAGCGAAUUGUUAUUAUUCCAGAAUGUACAUAACAAGAAAUGGCAGGCUUUUAUGGCUAAAAGUCGGAGAAUGAAUCUUUUUUUAUCGUUCUAUUACCUUUGUUGUAUGAUAUGUAUGAAAGAGAUGUACUAUAUUUAAUUUGCUAGCAACAUGUAGCAAUAAUAAGGGGCUUCGCAACCUUAGCAUUUGAAGUGAGGCAGGAAAUGUAGUUCAUGAUAUCACAAAGGAAUAGAUUGAUUGUUGACACAUCUUUCUCAUCCUCAAUGAAGAAAAAAAGAAGCAAAAUGGGCAAAGUUUUUGUCCUCUUUCUUUGUGUUUAUAUGAUUAUCCCUUCCAAUGUAAUUACCAUGAAUUUGUCUCCAUUUUUUAGGACAUUUUUAAAAAUUCCUUUUCUUUUAAUGGAACCAUCUAAUCAAGAUAUCUGAUUUAUUGUUAAUAGCAUAAUUUAUGGAAAUGGGAAGAAUGAAUCAAAUCAUAAAGCAAUACAAUUUAUUUUAAAAGGAAAUGGGAGUAGAUUUUAACUCUGAAUGUUCAUUUUAUAAAUUGUUUUCCUUCACUAUGUCAAUUGCGUAUGUAGGAUAGUUUGAAUAUUCUGUGUUUUUUAAUUUUUAUAUAAGAAUGGUAGGGGAUGUCCCCAAAUACAUGUAAAUUUCAUGUAGUAUUUAAGCCUAGUCUCUCAAUCAAAUUCAGGUAUGCAAUGACUAGUCUCUCAUUGCUUUUGUUGUUUUUACUUUGUUGAAAGUACACAGUUCUUUAUUCCUUAUUUAUUGUUUAUUGAAAUAUUUUGAGCCUGAUAUUUGGUAUUAUGUUCAUUCCCAAUACUGCCCCUAGGCUUUUCACAUAUUUUGAUACAAUUUUAGUUUUCAUCCGCACCACUCUUUGUAUUAUUAUCUUCUGUACACGAUUUAAAAUAGUGUUCAAAAUGUUCUUAAAACUACUAUUUUCCCUCCCAAAGUACAGCCUCCUAUUUAUCAUUGCAUUAUGUCAAGUAGUUUCUAUCACAUCUGAAAACAAGUUGUUGACCGUGACCGGUUUAUGUUUUCUAAACUCUGAUCUCUGCCAUCCAUGUUUCAAUUAAAUCUUUGAAACAAUUAUACUUCAAA